AUGGGGGGCGACUCCAUCUGGAACUUCCACGUUUGGAACGACGUGUGGUUCCUCCGCCGAGACCUCCCAGAAGGCCGGGGCGGCUGGCAGGCUAUAGACGCCACCCCGCAGGAGAGGAGCGAGGGGAGGUGGCAGUGCGGUCCGGCCUCGCUCGUGGACGUGAAGGCGGGGGCCGCCGCAGCGGAGUCGAAUUACGACCUCGAUUUCGUCCUGGCGGAGGUGAACGCAGACGUUCGGUACUACGUCGUCGACGACAAGGGCGAGACCAAGCUGAGGAGGGUGGAGCGCGACGCAGUAGGAACGUAUGUGAUCACGAAGGCAGUCGGAUACCUGGGGGCCGACGACAUCACCAGCGACUACAAGCAUCCCGAGGGCAGCAUCGCCGAGCGCGUGGCGCUUCUGGGGGAGGCGGAGGAUUCCACCUUCAAGCUUGCAGAGAAGGGCACCUUCUCCCUCUCUCCAGUAGGAGAGCUCGUGCUGGGGAAGAGGACAUCGCCUUCAAGCUGA